AUGACAAUUGAUUCAAUUUAUAUAAUAGCAUAAAAUAGCGAAAUCAUAGCUUACAAAAACUAUUUUGGACAAAAUAGAAGAAAAAUAGCAGAGGAAUUUUGCAAUUAAUACAGCAAAUCCUUCAAAAACCAUUCCACAAUUGAGGCUUAGUAUCCACUUUUCAUCAUUUAAGAAAAAGUAUGCAUCUUUCACAGUCUCUCAGAUUUCAUAAUUUUGUUCAUACUAAAUAGUGAAGAAUAAUUGUUGUCUGCUUAACAAUUAAUGUAUUUGGUUGCAGAUAUUUUGAAAAAUACUUACAAAGAGAUUCUUAAUAGUGAGAAACUCAAGAGUAAUUUUAGCUCAUUGUUAAUUAUGUUAGAUCAUUUUAUGGAAAAAGGAUAGCCACUAAUUACAUAAAAGCAAGUUUUAGAAAGCCUUGUCUAACCCUAAGGCGUUUUAGAUAAAAUAGAAGAAGUUGUAAUUGGAUAAAAUCAGCAUUAAAACGAAAAUUUUAAGGUUUUAGAAAAGUAUAUUGAUGGUCUGAGCGAUGUAAAAGAUAACCAUUUACAUAGAAUUAAAGAUUUAAAAUGUAGAGAAGAAAUAUUAUUUGAUGUAGUUGAAUUUGUAGAUAGCAUAAUUGACAGAUAAGGAAAUCUUAUUAAUAAUGAAAUUAAUGGUGAAAUUAAAAUGGAAUGUCAUUUGAGUUAGUAUCCUUUAGUAAAUGUAUAUAUGACUAUCCCUCAGAAAUUCGAUGAUCUCUCAGUUCAUGAAUGUCUAUUAGAUUAAGCUGAUAAAUUUGAAGCAGAUAAGAUUCUUUCAUUUAAUCCUCCAUCUGGUUCUUGUUCUCUACUUUAUUACAAUAUAAAAACUAACGUUUGCAGAUUGCCUUUUAAUUUGAUUCAUCAUUUAGAAAUAACAAAAGAUACAGUAAAAAUAAACUUUAAAUUGAAUGCAUAACCAAUUAGAGGAUAAGAGUAUAAGACGGAAGAUUUUUAUGUUAAAAUAAUAUUACCUAGUGAGAUGAUUUAAAAAGAAAUUAAUGUUAAGAAAGGAAAUGUCAGUACUAAUGAUAAUUCUUUAAUUUGGAGAGUUGGAACUAUUCCUAAAGAUGAAUCACUUACUUUCCAAGCAAUAUUGUAAGAUAAAAAUUAAUAAAAUAUGAAGAAUAGUACUUUUGUCGCUUGCUUGAAAUUUACUAUCCCUGAUUAUUCUGUAAGUGGAACUAAAAUAGAUAAAGCCACAGUAAAAAAUUCUGCAGAAAAUCAAAGAAGACUUGCAAGAAAUAUUUCAAAAUCAGGUCAUUAUGAAAUAAGAUUAAAUUGA